AGUGCCUCCUUGAGCUCCCGGGACGCGGCCAGGAUCCUCACGUCGUCCUGGCGUGCCGUCUGCUCGCACUGCACGCACACCCCGGCCACCUGCGAGCAUACACCUUCCUCCAGCUGUCAAUAGUCCAUCCCGGUCGCAGGGGUGUGUGCUACUCUCGCUAAUGCUUCUACUGUAGUAUCGCCUCCAGCGUAAAGGUAUGGACUGCCACGCAGUCUACUUGUCCAUAGGGCCACCAUGAGACAGAGCAGAGACCCAAACUUUUGAUAAUGUGAAGAUAAAGGUGUCGUAUCGUGCCUGCAAGUCGAUCAAAGGUUAAGUGGCAAGUUAAAAUUAAUUAUGAAGUAUAAAGUAUUUUAUAAAGUGUAACUAUUCAAUACAAAUACAAAAGCAUGGAUUGGUUGGAAGUGUCAGCUUGCGAUUGGCCAGCAACGUAACGGCGUUAGUGUUGUAGCAAUCAUCUUUAAAUGUAUUAUAUUUGUUAUGGGAACGUUUAUUGUAAUGUUGCCCCAAUUGUAGCACGGCCUAACACUUCCCAUAAGUGAAAGUUUUCAAAAAUGUUCUAAUGAUUGUGUGAAACUUAACCUAACCUUCGCGCCUACAAGCCUAAAUUAUAUUCAUUGUUUUUUAUUGACUCGUGCAGCUAACUCGUUCGGUCCAAAAUAAUCAUUGGAACCACCAAACUGUUUAAGCACAGAGUCGUGUUCCUUUAUCGUAAAUGGUACAUAAUCUUCAAUCUUUCGGCGAUUAAAAUUUUGUUGCAGAAUAACAGUGAUUUUUUUCCCCACCACGUUAGUGUUCAUUUAGGCGUACUAUUACUGAGCAAACACUCACAAUGUCAGGUAAAAAUUCAUCUUCUAAAGGUAUCUUAGGAUAUUUAAAAACAGAAACAGAGGAAACUAAAGUACAGGAGGUUCAUGAAAGCACUAUCAGUCCUAGUACAAAUACAGGAAGUUCAAAAAUUUGGGAAUUUUUUGAAAAAUGUGAACAGUAUUCAAUAUGCAAAUGUUGCAAAAAACAUUUGAAGACACCAUCAUCAUCUACCACAAGCCUGAUCAGACGCUUGGAUUCACAUUUACACUUGAAACACAAGUAUGAGAAAAUGUGUGUAGCUAAAAAAGAGGCUAUGAAUUUAUUGAAACGGCCUGUUUCAUGCCCUAUUACACAAGCAAUGAAUUCAAAAGUAAUGUUUUCAUCUGACAGUCCAAAAUCGCAAAGUAUCACAAAUAAAAUUGGUCGCAUGAUUGCGCUUGAUUAUCAACCAUUAUCUGUUGUAGAUGAUCGUGGCUUCAGAGAAUUAAUUGAAACCCUUGAGCCUUGAUACCAUUUCCCAAGCAGGAACCAUUUUUCAAGGUCUGUAGUACCAAAAUUGUACAGUGACACUCGCAGGAUUAUGGAACAAGCGUUGAGCCAUGAUCUCGAAACAGUGAAAUCAGUGUCUCUUACAAUAGAUUUGUGGACUUCACAAAAGCAGGAAGGAUACAUUUCUGUGACAUCUCACUUUCUUACUCGUGACUUUGCAAUGCAGAACCACACAUUAGAAUGCUCCCACUUUCCUGGUCAACAUACAGGCACAGCUAUAUAUCAGAAGUUGUGCCAUUUGACAUCCAACUGGGGUAUUAGUCUGUCUUCAACUCAGAUUCCCAUUUACGUAGUGAGUGACAAUGCCAGAAAUUUUAGCAGUGCUCUAACUGGGAAGCCUGUAGUUCAUUUGAAUUGUGUUGCUCACAAUUUACAGCUAGCUAUUAGUGAUGCUGUUGCAGAAGUUGGACUGGACAGUGUUUUGAAAACAUGCAGGUCAAUAGUAGGCCAUUAUAAGCAUAGCACAAAAUCAAGAGAGAGGCUACAAUCAAUUAAAAAAAAAUUAGGUUUACCAGAGCAUGCUUUGAUUCAGAUGAUAGACACAAGAUGGAACAGUACAUAUCUUAUGCUUGAACGCCUACAUGAACAAAAAGAAGCAGUGUCUGCAGAUUUGCCUAACUGUGGCAAGGAAAGUUUGACAGCAAAUGAAUGGAACUUGAUUGCAGUGUACGUGAAAAUUUUGCAACCUCUCUUCUUAGCUACGAAAGAACUGUGCAAAGAAAGUGUACCAACUCUUUCAAUGGUUCGUCCAAUUAUGUAUAGCAUUGAAGGAUUUUUUAAGAAUUAUGUAACCUCAAAAACUGGAGUACAAGGAAGUGGCAUUACAUUGGCACGAGCAUUGCAAAAAUCAUUGACUGCUAGAUUUCAAUACAUAAGGGACUCUCAUACACAUCUGCUAAGUACUGCCUUGGAUCCAAGAUUCAAAUGUUUCACAAUGGAAAAUCACGAAAUUGUUCUUGCAAAACAUUUGUUGACUGAAGAAAUAAGAAAGAACAAAAGUUCUUUACAAGUUGGUAACAAAUGUUCGAGGAAAGAAAAAGUUAUGGAAGAAAAAUGUGCAUCAUCAACAUCAGCAAACCACUCUCUCUGGGGUAUCUUUGAUUUGAAAUCAAAGCAAACACAGCCUGCAGAAGAAGAUGAUGAUUCAGUGAAGAAAGAGGCACAUGAUUUUCUUGAUGGUGCAGUAAUUGGUCGAGAUGAAGAUUCACUUGAAUGGUGGAAAUCGUGCAGAAAUUACCCCCAUCUAGCUGAGCUAGCAAUGCACUAUUUAGGCAUUCCAGUUACUUCAGUAGCUAGUGAAAGGUUGUUCUCUAAAGCGGGACUCACCAUUUCCACACGACGCCAAAACUUGUCCUCGAGCCUUGUAGAAAAACUGGUUUCUCUUCACGAUGUUUUGUUAUUUUUUUUAUUUUUUAUUUUAUUUCUGCAGAUAACAUAGUAGAUUGUAUUUUAAAUAUUUGUGAAUGUGACCUUAAAAUAUUACUUCUUAUAGUUAUACUCUUUCCAUAAAAAUAUUUUUAAACAUGUACAGCUAGGAAUAUAUUUUCAUUGUUUUGUAGGCUGAUACCACAGUC